AUGUCUGUUAGUUAUGUGAUGGCUCAUUCUAUUGGUAGGAAUGCAAUGACCGCACGUAGCCUUGAGCGAAAACGUGUCCGCCGUUGUGUUGAUUUGGGCGGUUGUUUGUGGCCGUGGCGAAGCCGUACAAAUGGUGGGUACUGGAUCCGCACCUCCCGUUCCGGGAGUCUCCCGUCCGCCGGAUCCCGUAGUGCUCUCUGGGUCCCCGUCUCCCGUCGUCACCCUCCCUCCCGUCUCCCGCAGCCUGACAAAGUCCACCGGACCCUUCCUAGGCUGGCCUUAUGUCCAACCAUCGUCCAGCUGUCCUUGCGGACCCGUACGACUGCCGGCUGCUACUGGCUCGCCUCCCGGUGCCGCACCAUCUCCGGCAUGCGUGUCCGCAGCCCCCCGAAUUUUUGUUCCACUCCCUCCGUCCUUCACCCGUCUCCGGCCGUUGGGCCGUUUGAGGUUCCCCAGGGAGAGAGAGAGAGGGAGAGGGCCGUGGACAACCGAACUGGCCGGUCCACUUUGUCAACCAUAAGCAGCUCGCUAGACCGACACCCACGGAGGGAGAGUUUCCAUGUUCCUAAAUUAUGCCGGCGCCGCCGCCGCCGCCGCUGGGCCGGUGCCGGUAUGCCGUUUGUCCGCCGGACACGACAGACGGGGUAGAGAGGUGCUGGUCUCACGAUCCUGUGCCACGCGAUCUAACACACUUUGCUCACCAAUUCCCAACGACAGCCACGCACCUUGAUUUCUGAUUCGACCCUUCAUCUUUGUGUCUCUCUCUGCUUUGUGUUACCCCAUCCUCCCCUCAGGCAUGAUGACCUUUGCCACCUGAAGCCCUUCUCUAACACGCCCCUUGGGGUCAGUUCAAAGUCACCCGAGACU